UUGCAUUCGGACGCGGCCUCAAACGCAAAAGCUAUAAAAUUUCACGCUCAUAAAUGUGAAGUGAGCAAGCAAAGGAAUAUCGGAGCCGGCCGUGAACCACGGUUGGCAGACGCCAUGAGCAGCCGCUCAAGUAAUUUUGCUCCGGCGCCGGCCCCUGAGCCAUCUCAAUGGGACUACUUCGAUUUUGAUCUUCUGAGUGAUGAUGAGUUUCCGAGUCCGCCUCCGCUUCCACGGGCUCUUUCGUAUCGAACGAUUCCACCAGCGCCACCACCGACUCGGCCAUCUGUCCCGGAAAGAAUGAUGUCACGGCCAACUCCUUCUAGUUUAGCUGGCUUCACGACACCCAUCUCGCCCCUCAUACUCCUCGAGAAUGCCUACGGGAGGCCCAGAGGGAUCGUCUAUGACCCUCCUCCGAGACCUAUCGGGCAGCCUAACGCCCAGGUCUUGUCCGAGCAAGGCCCCAUGUCGACAGCUGAUGAGCAGAAGGAGGCCUUAAGCAAGCUCAGGAAGGAGAUUUACAAGGACCCCCUGCCAAAAAGGUUAGCCAGGAGAAUAAGCCUGUACUAUAGGGAAAAUGCUAAGAAUGGUCUCGGAAAUCAGAGUAGGUACCAAGACGAUGAUGAUAUCAAGAGAUGCGCGGUAUGCUUAGACGACUUCGAGGCCAGGCAAGAGGUGAUGGUCACCCCUUGCGACCAUAUGUUCCAUGAGGACUGCAUCGUGCCAUGGCUGCAGGGUCACGGUCAGUGCCCCGUUUGCCGAUUUUCGAUCUAUGAACAGAGGAGGCAAACUCAACCGCCUAUUGCACCGAUAGCAAUCCAACCCUUGGGGACAAUGUUUUAUGUGCCUGAAACGUUCUUCCGGUGAUAAGAAUAGAGGAGAAAGGUCGUGCUUUCCAGGCUAAACUCAGGACCAAGUUUCUCAUGUGGCUUCAUGUGCUAUGUGGACGGACGCUGCUAUUUUCGCCUGCUUGUUUUCCAACCGACACAAGACAUGGAAAACAUCACGCCAUCGUCAACUCGGUUGAUUCCUCAGGAACAACCCAUUAACGACACUUCGCAAAUGCAACUCACCCAGGAGGGCGAUUUAGUUUUACUGGGUGACGAUGGAAAAAAAAUGUGGUCCACAAAUACUUCUGGCAAGUCAGUGGUAGGCUUGAACUUGACAGAAGUUGGAAAUCUCGUGCUCUACAACAGAAAUGACGCCAUCAUUUGGCAGUCUUUCGAUCACCCUGUAGACACAAUACUUCCUAGACAAGAGCUACAUCCCGGCAUACAACUAACAACAACAUCAAGCGCACUUAAUGGGACAGCAUGGGUCUGCACGUUCACCACUGAUGAUCAGAGAGGCUUUGUCGCAUUUGUGAGGGUAGCCAAUUCUCCCCAAAUUUACUACAAAACUAGGGAUGUGCGGAAAACAAAGAGCAACAAUAGACAGGUUGGAGCACUUUACAAGAAUGGAACCUUCAAUGAGUUUGAAUUUUCCCCAUCAUUGCCUCAGUUUAUCCUUCUUGGGGG